AUGUUAUAAUUUUGUAAUAAUGAAACCACUAGUUAACAAUAUAAGUAAGUGGUUGAAAAGUAUUAACGUUACUUGAAUGAGAGAGCUAAACUUAAAUAAAGAUCAGAAGAUAGAUUAAGCAUUGCAGUCAGAAAAAUUUAUUUGAACCCUCUCUUGCCUUCCUUAUAAUCUGAUUAUUAUUAAGAGUCAAACAGACUUAGUCAAAGACAAUCUUCUUUACUAAAAGAAUAAUAUUCUUAAUUUAAGCAGGAAUCUAUAGAUUAAAUAACCAAUAACAUUUAAUAAUCAAUAGUCAAUCCUUAGUUGAAUUAAGUUAGUAAAUAUCAACAUCGCAAAUCUUAAUCCAAUUUGGAUGGUUCUCAAUAGCAAGGAUUUUUUAAUGGACUCUAUAAAACUAAUAAAGUUGAACAUCAAUCUAGAAAUAUUGCUAUAAAGGACUUAACUUCGACUAAAAGAAACUCCUUGGAAUUAUAAUAAGACAAUCACACUCAUCUACCUUCACUAUAAUAACCAUAGAAUGAAAUAAGUAAGUACAUUUCUAAGAAACAUACAUCUAAAAAGGUUUCACAUGAUGAAAUAUCAUUUACAAAUAGAUGGGAAAGAGAUAGAGGAAAUAAUGUUGUGAGGAUUGACAGGUUUUAAGUUGAUUAAUUAAAUAAUGAUGUAUUUGAUUAUCUCUUGUCUUAAGAUAUAAUGAAAAUGUUUUUUCAAAAUGCUAAUCUUAACUAAUUAAAAAAUAUACUGUAGGAAUUACUUAAAGGGGUUUAUUAUGAAAGUAUUAUAAAUUUCGAAUAGAUGAUUUCAUUUUUUACUUCUCUUCAAUUUACUUAUCUAGAAAUUUUUUAUAUUAAGUAUGCCAUAGCUCAAGUGUUAAUUAAGGCUAAUUACAACUAUCUCUUUAUUGAAAGAGCUCUCAAUUAAUUUGAAGAGUACAGAUAUUUAAUAUAAAAACCUAUUCCUUUUAUUACUAAACUUUUUGAUAAUAGUUUUUAUUCAAGUUUAGCCAAGGAUCUAAUGCUGAGAUUGUUGAGAAGUGUUGCUUAUAAUAAAUUCUUACAGACACAUAGAUUUGAAAGUGAAUAAUUUAUAGUGGCCAUUAAAAAUGGACUUUUCCCCUAUUUAGUUGGAGAGUAUGUGGCAUUGCCAUUACACUCUAGAAUAAAGGACAUUAAAGCUGAAUUAUUUAGAUAAUAAAUCCUUAAGCCAUUUAUUAAUAGUACUUUUGUUAUUUAAGUAAAAAAUUUACUUUAAGAAUAUAAUCUAGAAGAUCUAUACAUUAAGGAUGUAGAAAGGAGAUUAUUAUUUCCUAGAACAGAUAUUGAUUAAUUUGAAGAUACUCAUUUUCCUUUGCAUUACAUAUUAACUUACAUAUAAUGUAAGAAUACUCUUAUUCCUUCUUAUGAUAUUAAAGCUCUGAUUAAAGUUAUUAAAUUAGAUCCAAUAAUUACUGAAUCUGAUUCUACUAUUUUUGUAGAAAAUGUAAAAUAUCUUUCCAAAUUUGAAUAAAUAUAAGAUGAUAUAUAAUUAUUUUUGUGA